AUGGGGGGAGAGUUACAAAAUCUAGUGCUAGAUUGGAGUAUUGCUUUGGCAUCUCUCCUCUAUUCUCAUGGUGUUGGCAUGUUUAUUGCACAAGGUACAACUAGAUUCUUGGCUCUAUUUCCAGUCAUAUAUCUCUUCGUGUCUCUUCCCUUGAAUCUCUACGCCAUGUUUUGUGUUGGUCCAACUUCAUUCUUCAUGUCUUGGCUUGGCAGCUUCAAGCUCAUGCUUUAUGCUUUUGGUCAAGGUCCUUUAUCUUCACAUCCACAUCUUCCUUUAUCUCAUUUCAUAUCGGCUGCUUGUCUGCCCAUCAAGAUCACAAGAAAUCAAGAACACCCAUCUCGCAAAAUCACCAAGAAAUCCCCUAAAGAUUAUACUGCUAGGGUUUUACUGUUCAUCAUCGCAAUUAAGAUUUUUGACUUCAAAGACCAUCUUCACCCAAUUCUUGUCACAUGUCUAUAUGCCUACUACCUUUUCUUCAUGCUUGAGCUGUUGUUAGCCAUAGCAGGUUGGUUCGCUCGAAUCACAGUUGGGGUUGAGAUUGAGCCUCAGUUUGAUGAGCCACACCAUGCCACAUCGGUUCAGAACUUUUGGGGGAAUAGAUGGAACCUCAUGGUUUCUAGCAUACUACGGAGUACGGUUUACCAACCAUCUCGAACCAUCUUUAGUUAUAUGGUUCCUCAAAGAUGGGUUUCAGUGCCUGCAAUUUUCUCAACAUUUCUGGUCUCGGGGAUCAUGCACGAGAUAAUCUUUUAUUACCUUGGCAGGCUUACUCCAACGUACGAAGUCACUUGGUUCUUUAUACUUCAUGGGCUUUGGGUUGGAACCGAGGUUGUAGUCAAGAAAACCGUGGAUAGGAGGUUCGACCCGCCACCUGCUGUCACCCGGCCAUUAACUUUGAUGUUUGUGAUCCUUACGAGCUAUUGGCUGUUCUUCCCACCACUCUUGCGUAUAGAUCCGUUUGGUAAAGCUUGUAGGGAGGCCAUGGCUGUGGCUGGGUUUUUCAAGCAUGGUCAGCAACUUAGUCCCAACGAGUACAAGUGUCCAUUGAUGUAA